AUGGUAAGAGAUCCAAGGCGCCUCUAUGCACAUGGUAGGCUUUACCACAUUGUUGAAAGGAAACCUUUCAGGAUCAAGGUAUUUGUUUCGAUUAUAGUUCUGGCUUUUCCUGUUCAGGUUCCAAUCAAUUGGACCAAUGAUACCCUAGGACACAUCAACGUAGUCUACAAUCCUAUUAACAAACUUCCAAUAUCUAAUGGGUCAAAGAGCCUCACAGAUCGCAGCGAUGGAGCCGGAUCCGGUCGCCGCUGGGGCAUCCUCCUCGCCGCCGCCUUCACCAGCGCCAGCCACGUCCCCGCCGUGCUAGCGUGGUGUGUGUCUUCGCCUCAAACGACCUGGCGUUUGGUUGAAUGGGAUUUCUUCCUAAACCUCAUAGCACCAGUCGCUUCUCGAGUUCCCUACAUGACCGCUAUUGGUAAUCAUGAAAGGGAUUAUGUCGAGUCUGGUUCUGUAUAUGUGACCCCAGAUUCAGGUGGCGAAUGUGGAGUUGCAUAUGAGUCAUAUUUCCGCAUGCCAGCUGUUAGUAAGGAUAAGCCAUGGUAUUCAAUUGAGCAAGGGAGUGUUCACUUUGUCGUGAUGUCAACUGAGCAUAAGUGGUCAGAGAUGUCAAAGCAGUACAAAUGGAUGAAUCAAGAUUUGUCAUCAAUCAAUAGAUCGAGGACACCGUGGAUAAUUUUCAUUGGGGAUAGACCGAUGUACUCAUCCCAUGUCGGAAUACCAGUUAAUGUAGAUCUAACAUUUGUAGCCUCCGUUGAGCCACUCUUGCUCAAGCACCAGGCGGAUUUGGUUUUCUUUGGCCAUGUACACAACUAUGAGAGGACUUGUGCAAUAUACAAGAAUAGAUGCAAAGGCAAGCCAAAGAAGGAUGCAAGUGGAAUUGAUACUUAUGACAACAGCAAAUAUACCUCACCCAUUCAUGCCACUGUUAGAGCUAGAGGAUUUAGCUUGGACAAGUUCCCUAGGAUUGUGUUGAACAAGUGGAGCUUAUCAAGAGUUUCAGAAUUCGGGUAUGCCAGGGUGCAUGCCACAAGAGGUGAUAUGCUGGUUCAGUUUGUAAGCUCAAGUACGAUGGAGGUUUUGGACCAAUUUAGAAUUGUGAAGCCUGAUCCGGCAAGGAGGCUACGGAACAAGCCAGUUUAACCAUAGCUGUAGUGCAUGCAAAAUAUGGAGCUGGAGCUACUUCCUUAUAUUAUUGUUAUGCUAUAUAAAAGAUGGCGUUGAAUUACACAUCAGCGUGUUGUCUAAGUUCUAUACUUAUCUGUGUGGUGUAUGGUUCUUUAUGACAUUUCCACAUGAUAGUUCUUUCUCCCUCU